AUGUCUAAGUCCGACCACAAGUACUAUCCCAUCACCGGUGUCCCGGUCGGAGAUCUCGACCUUCCAAACAUCGGCUUCGACACCCCGGUUCCCAUCCGUCAGAACAUCGACACAUGGAGCAAAGACCCCGAAAAUGAGAAGCAAGUCCAAUUGUUUGUGUUGGGCUUAGACCGCUACCAGAAGAUCGACCCCUUGGAUCGGGACUCAUACUUUCAGGCCGCAGGAAUUCAUGGACAACCUAAUGUACCAUGGGAUGAGCCCAUUGACGCGGACGAGGCAGCGGGUAAGGGAUAUUGUACUCACAACAACAUUCUGUUUCCAAUCUGGCAUCGUGCCUACUUGGCUCUCUAUGAGCAACGUAUUUACGAGUGCAUGCUUGAAAUUAUCCCCAAUUUCCCCGAGGAGGAUCGCGAAGAGUGGACCGAACUUGCCCACUCAUGGCGUCUCCCUUUCUGGGACUUCGGCGCUCAGGUCUCAGUCCCUGAGCUCUGCAAGUAUCCCACAAUUGCUGUUCCAACCUUCGAUGGCAAGGAUUUGUACAAUAUCCCCAACCCGCUCUACCAGUUCCGCAUGCCAACCCACAAGCCUAUGGGCACCGCUGGUAUAAAGGACUUCGUGACUGAGUGGGACGGGGAUGCCAAGCAGGAGCUCUUUUUUAGCGAAUGUAUUGCAACCAGCCGCUGGCCUGAAGAGGGCGAUAAUGCCUCGGGUACAUCGACGUGGAAAUAUGGUGUGGUCAACAACUCCAAGGUCCGGGACGCUUUGACGGCCCCUAAGUGGGAUGAAGGAGGAGAAUAUGGCCAGGCCUCUGAGAUGGUGCACCGUCUGCUCAAUGUUGACAUGGACUAUCUCACCUUUGCCACAACUGGUCUGCAGGGUGAUGACCAACCCGUCGAAAAGGAUCUGAAUCUGGAGUACAUUCACAACAACAUUCACGGUUGGGUUGGAGGUGAUCAUAUGGGUCAUAUGUCUCAGAUCCCCAUGGCGGCUUUCGAUCCCUCGUUCUGGCUCCUACAUUGUAACGCUGACCGCCUCUUUGCCUUGUGGCAAGCCAAAAAUCCGGACAAGUGGUUCACCGAGUCCAAGGUCAAUGCAUUCCUACAAGAUGCUAUCGGUCUACCACCGGGCUCUGUAAUUACCCCCGAGACUGGUCUGCGACCGUUUCACAAAGAUGUGGAGGGAACUCUAAUGGUUUCUGCCGACGUUCGCUAUCCUCAUAAGAUUGGUCACACAUAUCCGGAGCUGCAGACGUGGAAGUACAAGCAGCCAGGCUACCAAAACAAGGAUUUCCAAGCAGAUCUCCAGACUGCCAUCAAUGAUCUAUAUGGAACUUCAAGAAAGACCUUGCUCGAUGCCGGCUCUAAGUUGAAGGGUGUCGAGGUCUCCGAGGACAGCUUCAAAGCUCUUGACUUCUCUUUCAGUGUCCGCUUCCGCAAGUACGCCUUUGGGGGUGAUCCUUUCUGGGUUCGGAUUUACCUGUCCCAGGAUGGAGUUAAGCAGAAUCCUUCUUCGGACAAACUAACUGAAGUUUACAACUUCAGCCAGAAGCCGCAAGACGAGGCAGGAAAGCUUGCAUGUGCCAACUGCAAGGGUAAUGAGAAGAAUGGCCUUAAGGUGAACGCCAAUAUCUCCAUUACGCCGGUACUUCUGAACCUUCUCAAGCUUGGCAAGGACCUGACCAGCCUUAACAAAGACGAGGUUCUCAAGUUCCUCCAGGACAGAGUUUACUGGAGAGUGACCAGGGGAGGCAAGGGAAGUACCUCUAUCAUCGGAGCCACCAAUGACACGACUGUUUUCCAAGAUGCGAGCAAGCCUCCUAUCUUGUCAAACUUCGUGAAAGAGCCCACGAUCUCUGGUGGAAAGGACGGUGCGCUUAGCCCACACCUGAAGCAACCCGUCACUAUCCCCCCUCCCGCCGUGCCUAAGAUCCCCAAGGCGGCUCUCAAGAUCAACACCAACAGGAAAUUCAAGGAGUCUCUCAAGGCCGAUGCUGUCGUCCUGAUUGACUCGAACAGCUUGAAUCUGACCCCGGCCAAGACCAAGGGUAUUGAUAAUACCCAGUUCUACUUCACUGAUGGUAAUAACGACGACGGCAAUAUUCUGUUCCUGCUUUCUAUCCGUCGUGCUGAGAAUGCCAUCGUUUUCAACUCCAGGAUCGACAAUAACUGGGGCAAGGAAGUCCGUGUUAGUCUUGAAGGACGAUUCCGAACUGAUAAGCCAUCUAUCCUUGUCCACGAUCAAGGCGAUGGUUACGAAGUGUUCAUCGAUUGGAAGCACGUCCUGUGGUUCGAGAAGCGGGCCAAGGACAAGAUUGCUAAGACCAUUUCGUACACUGUCAACGAUGGCCAGAAGUCUGUCUUGUCUGCUGGUCUGAAUGUCAAGGUCUAUUCUUCGAUGGCCUCCCUUUUCAACCACUAG